AGUUAAUGUCCUAAAUUCGCCUAAUAGGAAAAUCAUUUUUUUAAUGUCAACUAUGCAUGUUAUUGCCUUAAUAUAUUGGUCUCCCUUCUAGCUCAAAUCUCCAUAUCCCUCUUCAUUUCCCAUUCCAUUAGAACAACAAAAUGGAUGGCCAUUCCAAGAUGAAAGGCAAUGGCAAUGGCAAUGGCAAUGGCAAUGGCAACGUCAAAUCAUCAGGAUCCACAGACCACUCCUCUCCAGAUCGUUCCCCAUUUCCCCAACCCCCGAACCCCACACCCAAUAACCAACCAAAUCCCGAGCCGACAAAGAAUGCCGGCAGGAAUGAUCCAUUACCAGAGAAAGAAGAAAAUCUAGAAGGCAUUACUUCUGGUCCAAAACUGAGGAGGAACAGUUCGGUUUCUUCGGCGUACGCACUUCAGGCAGCGGUGAACAGAGCUUUCUCCACUCAGAGGUCGUCCUCUGUCUCGGAAAGGUACAGCAGGAUCCAUGACCAGCCUGUGACAUUGGAAACGGUGCAGUUUGACGAUGAGCAAGAGGCGGAGGACACAGUGGAGACGGUAAGAUCCGGGGAGAAGAAGAAGAAGCGUAGCAGAAGCAAGAUCCUUAAGGCAUGGAAGAAACUUUUUGGACUGUAGUGCGUAAAAUUUAUAAAAAUCAUGGCUCAUGAGCCCAUGAUUUAGUUUGCUUCUCUUUUUUUUUUUCCUUUUUUUUAAAGCUUUUAUUUUCUUUUUAAUUCAACUUUUUUUAAUCUAAAAAUUAAGAAUUGAAUGCUAA